UGGUGUGUUCCACUAUUAUUGCUUUUGCUAAUUAUAGAUUUCACUUUUAUUAUAUGGAUGAAAACCAGAUUGAAUGAUUAUACACAAAUCACCAUAAGUUGCUAUAUGUAGUGUAGUAGUAUGAACAUAUUCAGAACACAAAUCAUCAUCCAGAUUUAUGAAUCCAAAGAAGCUUAAAUGUUGCCUUGGUGUGGGUACGGUACCGGUACCCGAUACGGUUACCGCACUACAAGACAACAGCCCUUUUUUGGCAGCCAAAAGCCCUCUAGAAGAGCUGCAGAGGAUAGAGACCACAAGUUCCUAAGAAUAGCUAUUGAAGAAGCAUAUAAAGGUGUUGAAUGUGGUGAUGGACGCCCGUAUGGUGCGGUCAUUGUUCGAAAUGAUGAAGUUGUUGUAAGCUGUCAUAACAUGGUUUUAAGAAACAAAGAUCCCACUGCUCAUGCUGAGAUUACUGCUAUAAGAGAGGCUAGUCAAAAGCUGGAUCAAAUUUCUCUUGCUGACUGUGAAAUCUAUGCUUCUUGUGAAUCUUGUCCAAUGUGCUUUGGUGCUAUUCAUUUUUCAAGGAUUAAGAGAUUAGCUUAUGGAGCCACAGCAGAAGCUGCAGGAUCAAUUGGAUUUAGUAGUUUUACUGGUGAUGCAUGGAAGGACGCUGGUUUUCCUCAGUUGGAGGUAAAAAAGAUAGACGAUAGUGGUGCAGAACAAGUAUUUGAGAUGACAAAGGGCAAGUUUAUUUGAUGUUAAUCAUGUAAGUAAAAGAGAAUACAAGUUACAAUUGUUCUGGAAAAAUUCAAUUUCCUCGUCAUUAAUAUGUUUUCUCAUCGUAACUUUGGAUUGUCAGUAGAAUUGAUGACUUAAAUAAAUACACACUUGCUAUUGCUAGUA